CCCCUUCACCCCUCCCCCAACAUAACUUGGAAGGUAACAAAAACACACUGUACACUGUACUACUAUAUUUAAUUCCUACACGACCGACCUACCUACAUACAUGAACAUUUUUUCUCACACCCGAGAGUCAUUUUAUUUACCUCACCUACCUACUAAGUAUUCUCAAGAUCAUCUCGCAAUUCCUGCUUCUUUAUUGAAUUAUCGAUCCAUUGUUGUGUCUAAUGUCUUGGUCUCUUUUUAGCACACAACCCAGUUUAGUUUGAGCCGCUACGUCAACAAUCAACCCACCAUCGACUUCCUUUCCUCCCGGAUUUGAACCUAACUUCAUUAAUUGUCAUGUCGACCGUUAGCACCAAUUCCGCAAUACCUGCUCCUUCGCAAUUACAUACAGAUCAAGGAUACGGCGCAGCAAGUACCCCGCGAGCUCGUCCUCAGUCUCAGUUCGUGAAUGGAGGUCCUGCAGUGACGGAUUACGCCACAAACGAACUUGAGCCUCCUGCAAAUAGCCAGAACUCACACGGAAGAUUCAACGAGGAGUGGGACGCAAGUCAACGAGGAAGUUCAAUAGUAGACGGCAAUAUGCAUCGAUCACAUUCAGUCAUGUCGCAAGGCGAUACCUUGAUUCCUUCAAGAGGCGGAACCCUCAAAAAGAAGACUUCUUUAAAGAGAAGUAGUAGCAAACGCAGCUCGCGAGCUGGAAGUGUUCGCAGCUUGGUCGUUCAUCCGCAGGGUGAUAUCGAUGAGUUUCACAGUGCAUUUUAUUCUCCCGUCCCUACCAGCGGAAAUCCCACGGAUAUUUUGGCAAACAGAUUUCAAGGUAGUUACCCGACAAUUGACGUCUGCGGCAAUAUGCUAAUUUAUCAUUUCUACUUGCAGCUUGGCGUAAGGUCCUCAAGGACCUUAUUCUCUAUUUCAAAGAAAUCCAAAGUCAGUACGAGCACAGAUCGAAGAGUCUCUCGAAGGUCUCGAAUGUUAUCAACAACACAACGGCGCCGUCUGUCUUUUUACCGACGGGUGGGAUUGAUGAUGCCCUCCAAAUCCUUCGCAACUAUCACAAGUCCGCAAUCGCAGAGGCAAAUAAGUCCAGGGACAUUGAACAAGACGUCAUUCUUGCUUUGACAGGCUUGCGCAGCGAUUUGCAACAGAAGAUCAAGGAGAUCAAGGGUUUAUCGGGUGAUUUUAAGAAUUCGGUCGAUAAGGAGAUGGAAGCCACACGAAAAGCUGUGACCGCAUUACAAGAGGGUUUGGGUCAAGCGGAUGUUAAUCCUUCUCAAAUGACGGGCAAGCAUGAUCCAUACCUGCUCAGACUUGCUGUGGACCGUCAGGUCGAGAAGCAGAUCGAUGAAGAGAAUUACUUGCACCAGGUAUGUUCCGUAUAUGCGCAUGGUCGCCCGUCUCUAAUAUUCCCAGGCAUAUCUCAACUUGGAAGCCUCAGGGCGGGAGCUCGAAGCCAUUGUCGUCGGCGAGAUUCAAAAAUCUUACAACGCCUUGGCAGGCAUCCUGAAGCGAGAAGCAGAUACUGCUUAUGCCGCCGUCGAUGAACUACGCACGGGUCCUAUUGCCAUGCCAAAGGAUCAUGAGUGGACUGCAUUUGUUGAAAAUGAUGAAUAUUUCGUUGAUCCAAAGAUCCCUGUAAGAACACCAGAAAUUAUAAGAUAUCCUGGCCAGGACAACGACCUCGCUGGAUGCAUCAGAGAGGGUCUCCUAGAGAGAAAGUCCAAGUUCCUAAAGGUAAUUCCUUCCAAUUGCAAGCAUGUGACACCCUGCUGAUUUCAAUGUAGUCUUACACGUGAGCGAUUAAGUAAAAGUGAUGAUCGAUAGUUAUGUACUAAUUUUGAUUCUAGUCCCGGCUGGUACGUCCUUUCUCCUACUCAUCUACACGAGUUCCGUUCUGCGGAUAAACUUCAAGCGCCCAUCAUGUCUCUCUAUCUACCUGAGCAAAAACUUGGCUCUCAUUCAAACGAGGGAGGAUCCUCCAACAAGUUCAUACUCAAAGGUCGCCAAACUGGGGCAUUACACCGUGGACACUCUUGGGUUUUUAGAGCAGAGACACGUGAUACCCUACUUGCUUGGUACGAAGACAUCAAGACUUUGACGGAAAAGUCUCCACAAGAACGUAAUGCGUUUGUGCGUCAGCAUGCCCGCAGCGUUAGUGGUACAUCCCAACGAGCUAGUUCCAUCAGCAGCGACGGAGUCAUGGACGAGGAGGACGAAGAACCAUUUUCAGCACAUACGUCAGCCAUUGUAGGCACCCAAGGACUCAAACAAGAACAGAAACGUCCUGAACCAGGUGGGAGAUUUCCCUCAGAUCUACAAGUCAAUGCGGCGCGUGGCUUACAGGCUCCUCUCUCGCCUUCUAGUGGCAGUUCCAAUUUUGGAGGUGAAGCGGAUGAUGCAGUAACCACUGCUGCAGCUCUGCCCGCAAGUGGUGUUAGCCACAAUUAUGGAGAGGACCCUAAUCCCGCGUCGCCGACACACGCACAGAUGAUAAAUCAAGCUGCUAAAGAAGAUGGUGUGAAUCCUUAUACUUACGAACCCAUUCAGAAUAUGAACGCUACGCGUAAUAAUCAACACGAGUUACCUACCACGGUCGCUGCCGCCGGCCUAGGCGGCGCCGCUUUAGGCAUUGCAGGUGCAGCCGCGUAUAACGAUCACGAGCUCCAAAAACAUCGUGAGCAAGCAGCCAUGGAAGCAACCGGCAUAGCCGCACCUGACGCGGAUCAACUUCGAGAACAAGCAGAUAAAGAAGCAGCUAUGAUUGCAGCGCCCGACGACAAUACAUACGAAGGCAAGGCACAACAACAAGCAGACUUGGAAGCCAUGGCCAUAGCCGCCCCCGAUAUGAACAUGUCUGCCGGACGUAGCCUCGGUGAUGGUAGCGCAGCCCCUUGGUUUAACGAAGCACGGGAGACGGCAGCUUCAACAACUGCCACAACUACUACUGAACCACGGUCAGUAGAGACACUCCUCGAUCCCCUUGCCCAAGAUCUUGGACGCCCGACGUUGGCUGCUGGACAAAAUCAUCAGAGCGUCCAGAGUAUCAGUCAAUUACAUGUGCCUGGAGAAUUUCCCAGGCCUAGAAAAGAGGCAGAAAGUUCUUUGAGUAGUGAAGCCAUAUAGAAUGUUUCUUUUUCCCCGCUAAAGUGUUUCUUCUUUUUACAUGUUGGUAGGACAGGAUUGAAUCUCAAUUGAGACAAAGGAGGGUUUUGAAAGUAUUCUGUGCGUGUAUGUAAGCGGAUUGGCACGUUCCUAUAGCAAUUGGUAUGGGAUAUGGAACGGAUGGCAUGGAAUUGGAUGGAUAAAAGGAAAAGAGGAAAUAGUGAUGAGACUUGGGAACAGGGGUUUGAUAUGGUAGGGUACGGUACGGUACGGUAUGGCAUGGAUGGAUGGAUGGAGGUGGAUGGUAAAGUUUCCAUACUGCUUUUGCUUGAGGAGAUUGGGACGGAAUGCAAUGCAAUGCAAUGAAAUUAUUUCCUUGGUGGAUUUACUAUUGGCUACUUAGGGAUUGUCGAUUAGAUAUAUCCUGAAUAUGAAGAUAUUAGUUUAUA